AACAUCUACUGCUGGAUUUCACCAGGAUCCCCCAGAUCAUCUUACACCGGAUAGGCCGCCUGCAGGAUUAUGUUGGAAAAGAGGAGGAUUUCUCUGACCAGCAGCUCUGUGGACAGGAGAGGAAUUCCACUUUGGACCAAGAGGAUUCGGAACAUCCGCAAAUAAAAGAAGAGCAUCAAAAGCCAGAACAUCACUGGACAAAAGAGGAAACCAUGGAGCACCCCAUAAGUGAGCAGGAAGACCAGCUUGUUCCGAAGCAAGAGAUUGAAGAGAAACAUUUCCCAUGUUUGACAUGUGGAGAAAACUUUCUUAAAAAAGAACAUUUAAUGGAUCACAUGAGAACUCACACAGAUCGCCUGCAGGAUUAUGUUGGUAAAGAGGAGGUUUUCUCUGACCAGCAGCUCUGUGGACAGGAGAGGAAAUCCAGUUUGGACCAAGAGGAACCAGAAGCUCUGCAGAUAAAAGAAGAGCAGAAAGAACCAAAACAUCCCUGGACAAAAGAGGAAACCAUGCAGCUCCCCAUUAGUGAGCAUGAAGGGCAGCUUGUUCUGAAGCAAGAGACUGAAGUUACAGAAGAUAAACUUUUACCAUGUUUGACAUCUGCAGAACAGUUCAUGGUUCACAUAAGAACUCACACAGGUCAGAAGAUAUAUGAAUGUCUCUCCUGUGGAAAAAAAUCCCCAAAGAAAUCUAGAAUUGAUGGGAACAUUAGAAUUCACACAGGUGAGAAACCUUUUUCCUGUGCAAUUUGUGACAAGAAUUUCACUGAAAAAACUAGUUUGACUACUCAAAUUAGAAGUGACACAGGUGAGAAGCCUUUUGAAUGUCUAUACUGUGGAAAAAGAUUCACCUCUAAAUAUAAUCUUAAUAAUCACAUCAGAAUUCACACCAGUGAGAAGUCUCUUUCCUGCACCAUUUGUUGCAAGAAUUUUACUCGAAAGAGUAGUCUGACUUCUCACAUGAGAAUUCACACUGGUGAGAAGCCUUUUUUCCUGUACCAAUUGUAACAAGAAUUUUACUCAAAAGAGUUGUUUGACUUC